AUGGCCCAGCACCCGUUCUCCAGUGCGCAAUCGGUCUUGCACCCGGACCGCCUGUGGAUGUGGGCAAAGACCGUGUAUUUGGACGAGAACCAGCGCACCUGGCUGCCCAUAAUCAUGGAGGUACAGCCCGCUCUUGGCCUCCAAGUCCUCAUGCGUCAGGAGAAUGUCCCCCUGGGGGAGGCGGUGAAGCCCAGCCAGACCCUUCCGUCCCCUCUGCCUUUGUUGUGGCAGCUCUACCCUGAAGGACAGUACCGAGGCUCAGAUUCCAGUUACUGGCGCAUAGUGUACCAUGUCAAGUUCAACAACACAGAGGAUGUGCUUCUUGAGCGGCUGCCAGACUCCCAGCAGAAGUGA